AUGACCACACCCUCAGUUUCAGAGAAAGAUGAACUAGAAGAGUACCACACAGCCCUCUUGGUCAUCUACACUGUGGUCCUGAUCAGUGGUACAAUUAGCCUUACCAUGAUGAUGCGCAUCAUGAAAUCCACCGCAACUUCCACCACGUCAAUUGCCGUACUCAACCUGAUCUUCACUCACUUCAUCUUCCUGCUAACGGUUCCCUUCAGAAUCUACUAUUACGCAGUUCAUGAAUGGGAGUUGGGCUAUGAAUGGUGUAAAAUAACCAGCAGCAUGAUCCACAUCCACAUGUACAUGUCUUUUGUCCUGUAUGUGAUUAUCCUCAUCACCCGUCUGUUGACGUUCUACAAGAAAGCUUGCCAGGUGGCGUCCUUUCACAGGAUGCAUGCAUGCAUUAUCAGUUUUCUGGUGUGGAUUAUUGUGCUGAUCACUGUCCCUUGCAUCAUCCAUUUUAAGUAUGGCAAAGACCAUGACAAAAAUGCCACUCGUUGCUUCCAGUUUGGAAAAUCUAUAGAAUCUGUUCUGAUUUUGAACUACCUGACAAGCAUAUUGAUUAUAGUCAUUGCCAUUGUGUUGACAGCCUUCCAGGCCAAUGUCCUAUGGGUUUUAUACAAGAAGCAUCGGGAGGGAUGCACCUUUCAGCAGGAGUUCGGAGCUCAGCUGAAGAGCCUGUGCUUUGCGCUAAUCAUGGUCAUCUGCUUCAUUCCCUACCACAUUUUUCGACUGUCCUACUUAAACAAUAUAAAAGAAUUAGAGGGUACAAAUGAAAUAUUUCUGAGCAUAACCACUUUUAACUGUUUGGACAUGCUUACUUUCCUGGGGAGGAGGUCCUGUAACAUGUGCUUUGUAGGAAAAGCUGCUUAA